CGGCGGGACCGUGACCGCGAUCAGCGCCGGGAGUUCAGCCUGGCCGAGCAGGACGUCAUCAUCACCAUCCAGGUGCAGGACGACGCGCAGCGGCGCUGCCAGGAGUUCAGCUGCGCCAAGCAGGCGCUGCUGGAGCACAUGCCGUACUUCCGUGACGUGGUGCGUGGUCAACAACUGGAGAACGUCGACAUCACCAUCCACUGCGAGCUGGCGGUGUUCGGCUGGCUAAUGCGCUGGCUGGAGAGCCGCUCGGCGGACGCCGCGGCCGCCGGAGCUCUCCGCCGACGUGGUGGGUCCGUGCUCAGCUCGGCCGACUUUCUGCGCAUGGAGCACUCGUGGACGAGUGUCGAGGCGCUGUCCGAGCACGAGCGGCUGCGCAGCCGGCUCUACUGCCAGCUGACCGCGAGGCUGUGCGGCGCACGACCGCGGCCCGCCGGAGCCCACCAGCGCACCGCAGCGCAGCUGUUCCGCUGUGCCGACUGCGGCCGACUUCUUCUACCAGAGGUAGCAGCUUACAUACCCUGCGCAGCGCGUAACCUAGCCGUCUGCGCCGACGGCCGCGUGGCAUACCGGCACCGCCGCGAUACCGACUGGCAGCUGGGCGCCCACGUGGCCCAACUGCGGCGCCAGCUGCGCUCCUGGCGGCUCGUCUACUGGCGUCUGUGGGCGGCCGUGAACUUCCUCUGGUGCGCCCGCUGUGAGGCGCCGUUCGCCGCCGCCUACCUGGCCGGCUGUCGGUUCCACCCGGAGCCGGCGCGUUACGGCACGCUCGGCCGGUCGGCGUCCACCCCUCUCGGCCACCACCCGUGCUGCGGGGGUACGGCCGUCCAGUUCGACCCACUCCGGCUGCGCGGGAGUGCUGGGUGCCUCCUCCGCGACCACCUGGUGCAGCCGGCGCCGGACGCCGCGCUGCGAGCUGAUGAUGGUGUGUAUGAGGAUCUGCUGGAGCACCGCUCGCUGGCUGUCGAACCGCCGCCGGCUGCCGGGGCUGAGGGGGCGGUGGAGGGAGGAGGAGACGCCGCCCCGCUGCGCGCUCAGACUGAGCUGCAACUGGUGCCGUCUGGGGUCAGCGGCGGUGGCGACUGCGGCCUGCUGCCUGCCACGCUGCGGCCCAGGGAGGGCGAGGCUGCCGCCGCAGCUACACCACAGCGCUCCAUAUCGCUGGACUCGGCCGACUUCACCGCUUCAGAUGACGAGGAAGAGGGUGCUCCUCCGCCGGAACCGGCGGCCGGGGACGCCCAGCGACACCGUGAGACCGGCGAGCUGCGGCGGCUGGCCGACCAGCUCAGCGGCAGGCAGGCCGGCUGGCGCGCGCGGCGCGGACUCGCCGCUGCCGGGUCGUUCCUGGUGAUAGAGCGCGAGCUGCGGGCCUCGGCAGAGCCGCCGGCGUCCGACGGCCGACACCGGAGAGGAGGAGGAGGAAAUAGUGCGGGUACCUGUCCGCAGGUCAGAGGUAGCUAG